UUUCGUUUUUCCGGUUCUCUUCCUGCAGCGGCUUCUGCUCUCGGCCAUGUCGGAAACUGCUCCCGCUGAGACGGCUGUCCCGGCGCCGGUGGAGAAGUCACCUGCCAAAAAGAAGGCCACCAAGAAGGCAGCGGGCAGUGGCGCUGCGAAGCGCAAGGCGUCCGGGCCCCCGGUGUCCGAGCUCAUCACCAAGGCGGUGGCCGCGUCCAAGGAGCGCAACGGUCUCUCCUUGGCCGCGCUCAAGAAGGCGCUGGCGGCCGCCGGCUACGACGUGGAGAAGAACAACAGCCGCAUCAAGCUGGGCCUCAAGAGCCUGGUGAGCAAGGGGACCCUGGUGCAGACCAAGGGCACCGGCGCCUCGGGCUCCUUCAAGCUCAACAAGAAGGCGGCCUCCGGGGAGGCCAAGCCCAAGGCCAAGAAGGCGGGCGCGGCCAGAGCCAAGAAGCCCUCCGGGGCCACUCCUAAGAAACCCAAGAAAGCGGCGGGGGCGAAGAAAGCCGUGAAGAAGACCCCCAAGAAGGCCAAGAAGCCUGCAGCCGCCGGUGUCAAAAAAGUAGCAAAGAGCCCUAAGAAAGUUAAAACGUCUGCCAAGCCUAAGAAGGCGGCCAAGAGUCCUGCCAAGCCCAAGGCGGUGAAGCCCAAGGCCGCCAAGCCAAAGGCUGCGAAGCCAAAGGCCGCGAAGCCCAAACCUGCCAAGGCCAAGAAGGCGGCCCCGAAAAAGAAGUAGGAAGUUUUUGCCCCUUGAAAAAGCCGACAAAGCCCCAAAGGCUCUUUUCAGAGCCACCCAGGUUUUUUUAAAAACAGCUGUACACUUAGACACAAAUCUUGGUAAUGGUUAUGUAGCUUAAUAUAAGGCAUUUUGGAAAACCCUGCGCUGUGUGCGGUCGAACCAAUUGGUUCGGUGCUACGGUUCGGUACUACAACUGUGGUCCCACCGUUUCCCAGGGAAUAUUUUGGUUUGGGAGUUUUUUACUAUAGAAGUCUAAUUCUUUUCCUCCUAGCCUUGGCAGCAGCACGGCCUGGAUGUUGGGCAGGACGCCGCCCUGCGCGAUGGUCACGCGGCCCAGCAGCUUGUUGAGCUCCUCGUCGUUGCGGAUGGCCAGCUGCAGGUGGCGCGGGAUGAUGCGCGUCUUCUUGUUGUCGCGGGCCGCGUUGCCCGCCAGCUCCAGGAUCUCGGCCGUCAGGUACUCCAGCACGGCCGCCAGGUACACCGGCGCGCCCGCCCCGACCCGCUCCGCGUAGUUGCCCUUGCGGAGCAGGCGGUGGACGCGGCCCACCGGGAACUGGAGCCCGGCGCGCGACGAGCGCGUCUUGGCCUUGGCGCGAGCCUUGCCGCCCUGCUUCCCGCGACCUGACAUGAUGACAGACAACAGUGACUUGGAUCGGAACAGAUGGAGACCAAGUUUCAGUAUUUAUUAUAGUCCUUACUGGGCGCCAAAAUGAAGCUGUCCUAUUGGCUGAACUUCGACUUUCAUUAGAACCAAUGCAAUUCUGGUUUUCAAAUACCCUUAUUUUGAUUGGAUAGCUACAGGAUGCUAUCCAGAAUUUACCACAAAUCACUAGAGUUUAAUCUCCUUCGCGUGAGGCUGUGAGUAAAGACUGCACGUAGUAACUGUUAUUCUUUCCCCU